CAGAGAUCGUCAUGGCUCGCUGAGGUGAUGAGCUGACGGGUGGAUGGCGCCCAUUAUCUUCACUCCUCAAUCCAAGUUUUCCUGAAAAACGGACAGGGGGAGGAGAAGGCUCCAACUGAGCUAAGGCACAGAGGACAAGCAAAGGAUUAGGAGCGAACAGCAAGAAAAGGAAAGAGAACGAAAAAGAUACUGAGAAUGUUUCCAAGAGCUAGAAAAUAGUUCCUAGAUUAGAAGAUCCAGUUGUCAGCAAUUGAAAACAACAUUCAGGUUUUAACUUCUGUACAAGGCUAUUACAUAACCCUGAAGCAAGGAAAUUAACCAAAAGGAAUGUGCCUUUACUAGCUAUAGAAAAUACACUUAGCUCCAGCUGCUUCGAGGCUCCUUGGAAUUUUACAAUGUUUCAAGCCUUGGUUCGGCAGGCUUAUCACCCCCUGCCCAGCCACCAGCCGGGGGAACCUGAUGCCAAGUACAAGGGGAAGCUGGUGCACGAAACUCAGCUGAACUGCUUCUACAUCAAACCUGGAGGUUCCAACUAUGGGAGUCCCCGUCCGGCUCACGCCAACAUGAACGCCAACGCGGCGGCGGGGCUGGCCCCGGAGCACAUCCCCACGCCGGGGGCAGCCCUGUCCUGGCAGGCUGCCAUCGAUGCUGCCAGGCAGGCCAAGCUGAUGGGCAGUGCUGGCAACGCCACCAUCUCCACGGCCAGCUCCACGCAGAGGAAGAGGCAGCAGUACGGCAAGCAGAAGAAGCAGGGCAGCACCACGGCCACGCGCCCGCCGCGCGCGCUGCUGUGCCUGACGCUGAAGAAUCCCAUCCGGAGGGCGUGCAUCAGCAUCGUCGAAUGGAAACCAUUUGAAAUAAUUAUUUUACUGACUAUUUUUGCCAAUUGUGUGGCCUUAGCUAUCUAUAUCCCCUUUCCAGAAGAUGAUUCCAAUGCCACCAAUUCCAAUCUGGAACGAGUGGAAUAUCUCUUUCUCAUAAUUUUUACAGUGGAAGCAUUUUUAAAAGUAAUAGCAUACGGACUUCUCUUUCACCCCAACGCUUACCUCCGCAAUGGCUGGAAUUUACUAGAUUUUAUAAUUGUGGUAGUAGGGCUUUUUAGUGCAAUUUUAGAACAAGCAACCAAAGCAGAUGGGGGGAAUUCGAUAGGAGGAAAAGGUGCCGGAUUUGAUGUUAAAGCACUGCGGGCUUUCCGAGUAUUACGUCCACUACGGCUGGUGUCUGGAGUUCCUAGUCUCCAGGUGGUUUUAAAUUCAAUUAUCAAGGCCAUGGUCCCUUUGUUGCAUAUUGCCCUGCUGGUGCUGUUUGUCAUUAUUAUCUAUGCCAUCAUUGGACUGGAGUUAUUCAUGGGGAAGAUGCAUAAGACCUGCUACCAUGUGCAAGGGGGACUGAUAGAUACACCUGCGGAGGAUGACCCGUCUCCGUGUGCCCCCCAGUCUGCCCACGGGCGGCAGUGUCAGAACGGCACCGAGUGCAAGGCGGGCUGGGAGGGACCUAAGCACGGCAUCACCAACUUUGACAAUUUUGCUUUUGCCAUGCUCACGGUGUUUCAGUGCAUCACCAUGGAGGGCUGGACGGAUGUGCUGUACUGGAUGCAGGACGCUAUGGGCUAUGAGUUACCAUGGGUGUAUUUUGUCAGUCUGGUCAUCUUUGGAUCCUUUUUCGUUCUAAAUCUGGUUCUUGGUGUGUUGAGCGGGGAGUUUUCCAAAGAAAGAGAAAAGGCUAAAGCUCGAGGGGAUUUCCAGAAGCUACGGGAAAAGCAACAGCUAGAGGAGGAUCUGAAGGGAUACUUAGAUUGGAUAACUCAAGCAGAAGAUAUUGAUCCAGAAAAUGAAGAUGAAGGCAUGGAUGAGGAGAAGCCUCGAAACAUGAGCAUGCCCACCAGCGAGACCGAGUCCGUCAACACCGACAACGUCCCCGGAGCGGACAUGGAGGGCGAGAACUGCGGCGCCAGGCUGGCGCAUCGGAUCUCAAAAUCAAAAUUUAGUCGCUACUGGCGCCGAUGGAACCGAUUCUGCAGAAGGAAGUGCCGUGCUGCUGUCAAGUCCAAUGUUUUCUAUUGGCUGGUGAUCUUCCUCGUGUUUCUCAACACCCUCACCAUUGCCUCUGAGCACUACAACCAGCCAGACUGGCUCACGGAGGUCCAAGACACUGCCAACAAGGUGCUGCUAGCUCUUUUCACGGCUGAGAUGCUGCUGAAGAUGUACAGCCUCGGUCUCCAGGCCUACUUUGUGUCCCUCUUCAACCGCUUUGACUGCUUCAUCGUGUGCGGGGGCAUCCUGGAAACCAUCCUGGUGGAGACAAAGAUCAUGUCACCCCUGGGCAUUUCGGUUUUGAGAUGUGUCAGGCUCCUAAGGAUAUUUAAAAUCACAAGAUAUUGGAACUCCCUGAGUAAUCUUGUGGCUUCACUCCUGAAUUCAGUCCGCUCCAUUGCCUCCCUGUUGCUGCUCCUCUUCCUCUUCAUCAUCAUCUUCUCACUCCUGGGGAUGCAGCUCUUUGGGGGCAAGUUUAACUUUGAUGAGAUGCAGACCAGGAGGAGUACAUUUGACAACUUCCCUCAGUCCCUCCUGACUGUGUUUCAGAUCCUGACUGGGGAGGACUGGAAUUCGGUGAUGUAUGAUGGGAUCAUGGCUUAUGGCGGCCCCUCUUUUCCAGGAAUGUUGGUCUGUAUUUACUUCAUCAUCCUCUUCAUCUGUGGAAACUAUAUCCUGCUGAAUGUAUUUUUGGCCAUUGCUGUGGACAACCUUGCUGAUGCUGAGAGUUUAACAUCUGCACAGAAAGAGGAGGAAGAGGAGAAAGAAAGGAAAAAGCUCGCUAGGACUGCUAGUCCUGAAAAGAAACAGGAGAUGGAAAAAACAGCUGUGGAGGAAGAGACAAAGGAGGAGAAAAUUGAGCUGAAAUCGAUCACUGCUGAUGGAGAGUCCCCACCUGCUACCAAGAUCAACGUGGAUGAUUAUCAGCCCAAUGAAAGCGAAGAAAAGAGCCCUUAUCCCACAACAGAAGCACCAGCAGAGGAAGAUGAGGAAGAACCCGAGAUGCCUGUCGGCCCUCGACCUCGCCCGAUGUCUGAGCUGCACCUCAAGGAAAAGGCUGUGCCCAUGCCUGAUGCCAGUGCUUUCUUCAUCUUCAGUCCUAACAACAGGUUUCGUGUCCACUGCCAUCGAAUCGUUAACGAUAACAUUUUCACCAACCUGAUCCUAUUUUUCAUCCUGCUCAGCAGCAUCUCCCUGGCAGCUGAGGACCCCGUGAGACACCUCUCCUUUAGGAACCAAAUUCUCUUUUAUUUUGAUAUAGUUUUUACUGUCAUUUUCACCAUUGAAAUUGCUCUGAAGAUGACGGCCUACGGGGCUUUCCUCCACAAGGGCUCCUUCUGCAGGAACUAUUUCAACAUCUUAGACCUGCUGGUGGUCAGCGUUUCUCUCAUCUCCUUUGGGAUCCAGUCCAGUGCCAUUAAUGUGGUGAAGAUCCUGCGUGUUCUGAGGGUCCUUAGACCACUGAGGGCCAUCAACAGAGCCAAAGGACUAAAGCACGUGGUCCAGUGUGUGUUUGUUGCCAUCAGAACCAUCGGGAACAUUGUGAUUGUCACCACUUUGCUGCAGUUCAUGUUUGCCUGCAUUGGAGUUCAGCUGUUCAAGGGCAAGCUGUACAGCUGCACUGACAGCUCCAAGCAGACAGAAGCAGAGUGCAGAGGGUACUUCAUCACCUACAAGGAUGGCGAGGUCAGCCAGCCCAUGAUACAGCCCCGCAGCUGGGAGAACAGCAAGUUCGACUUCGACAACGUCCUGACUGCCAUGAUGGCCCUCUUCACCGUCUCCACCUUCGAGGGCUGGCCAGAGUUGCUGUAUAGGUCCAUUGAUUCCCACAUGGAGGAUGUGGGACCCAUCUAUAAUCACAGGGUUGAGAUCUCCAUCUUCUUUAUUAUCUACAUCAUCAUCAUUGCUUUCUUCAUGAUGAACAUCUUCGUUGGUUUCGUCAUCGUCACAUUUCAGGAACAAGGAGAACAAGAGUACAAGAACUGUGAGCUGGACAAAAACCAGCGCCAGUGUGUAGAGUAUGCCCUGAAAGCCCGGCCCCUGCGGAGAUACAUCCCUAAAAACCAGUACCAGUACAAAGUUUGGUACGUGGUCAACUCCACCUAUUUUGAAUACCUGAUGUUCGUUCUGAUCCUGCUGAACACCAUCUGCCUGGCCAUGCAACACUAUGGUCAGAGCUGCAUGUUCAAGGAAGCCAUGAAUAUCCUCAACAUGCUCUUCACUGGCCUCUUCACCGUGGAGAUGGUCCUGAAGUUAAUCGCCUUCAAACCCAAGGGUUACUUUAGUGAUCCUUGGAAUGUUUUUGACUUCCUCAUCGUAAUUGGCAGCAUUAUAGACGUCAUUCUCAGUGAAACUAAUCACUAUUUCUGUGAUGCAUGGAAUACAUUUGACGCCUUGAUUGUUGUGGGUAGCAUUGUUGAUAUAGCAAUCACCGAGGUGAACCCAGCUGAACAUACCCAAUGCUCUUCCUCUAUGAACGCAGAGGAAAACUCUCGCAUCUCAAUCACCUUCUUCCGACUCUUCCGCGUGAUGCGUCUCGUGAAGCUCCUGAGCCGAGGGGAGGGCAUCCGGACGCUGCUUUGGACCUUCAUCAAGUCCUUCCAGGCUCUCCCCUAUGUGGCUCUUUUAAUAGUGAUGCUGUUCUUCAUCUACGCUGUGAUUGGGAUGCAGGUGUUCGGUAAAAUCGCGCUGAACGACACCACAGAAAUCAACCGCAACAAUAACUUCCAGACCUUCCCCCAGGCAGUGCUGCUGCUUUUCAGAUGUGCCACAGGUGAGGCCUGGCAGGAAAUCAUGCUGGCAUGUCUCCCGGACAAGAAGUGUGACCCGGAGUCGGAGCCGGCCAACUCCACGGAAGCCGAUCACUCCUGUGGCAGCAGCUUCGCCGUCUUCUAUUUCAUCAGCUUCUACAUGCUCUGUGCCUUCCUGAUCAUCAAUCUUUUUGUAGCUGUUAUAAUGGAUAACUUCGAUUACCUGACACGGGACUGGUCCAUUUUAGGACCACACCACCUGGAUGAGUUUAAAAGGAUCUGGGCAGAGUAUGACCCUGAAGCUAAGGGACGGAUCAAACACUUGGAUGUGGUGACGCUGCUCCGGCGGAUCCAGCCCCCGCUGGGCUUCGGGAAGCUCUGCCCUCACCGGGUGGCUUGCAAACGCCUUGUCUCCAUGAAUAUGCCACUGAACAGCGAUGGCACCGUCAUGUUCAAUGCCACUCUCUUUGCACUGGUCAGAACUGCACUGAGGAUCAAGACAGAAGGUAACCUGGAGCAAGCCAACGAAGAGCUGAGAGCAAUAAUUAAGAAAAUCUGGAAGCGCACCAGUAUGAAGCUGCUGGACCAGGUGGUGCCUCCUGCAGGUGAUGACGAGGUGACCGUGGGGAAGUUCUACGCCACUUUCUUGAUCCAGGAGUAUUUCCGGAAGUUCAAGAAGCGCAAGGAGCAGGGGCUGGUGGGGAAGCCCUCGCAGCGCAACGCGCUGUCCUUACAGGCUGGUCUGCGCACACUCCACGACAUCGGGCCCGAGAUCCGACGAGCAAUUUCUGGAGACCUGACAGCUGAAGAGGAGCUGGACAAGGCCAUGAAAGAAGCUGUUUCUGCUGCCUCUGAAGAUGAUAUCUUCCGGAGAGCUGGAGGCUUGUUUGGAAACCACGUGAGCUAUUACCAAAGUGACGGCAGGAGCGGCUUCCCCCAGACAUUCACCACCCAGAGACCUUUGCACAUCAACAAGUCUGGCAACAACCACGGAGACACCGAGUCUCCAUCUCACGAGAAGCUGGUGGACUCCACCUUCACUCCCAGCAGCUACUCAUCUUCAGGCUCCAAUGCCAACAUCAACAAUGCCAACAACACCGCCCUGUGUCGAUUCCCCAGCCCACCCAGCUACCCCAGCACUGUCAGCACGGUGGAAGGCCAUGGGACCCCCUUGUCACCCACCAUUUGUGUGCAGGAGGCUCCCUGGAAACUCCCAUCCAAAAGCUCCAGUUCCAGAGACAGCCAGCUGGCAAUUGUUUGCCAAGAGGAAGUGUCUCAGGAUGAGACUUAUGAUGAAAAUUUGAAUGAAGACAUUGAGUACUGUAGUGAACCAAGUCUGCUCUCUACCGAAAUGCUUGCAUACCAGGAUGAUGAAAACAGACAACUCACUCCGCCAGAAAACAACAAAGGAGAGGACACCCGGCCCUCUCCGAAGAAGGGGUUUCUGUGCUCCUCAGCUCUAGGUCGAAGAGCAUCUUUUCACUUAGAGUGUUUGAAAAGACAGAAGAACCAGGGUGUGGAUGUCUCGCAGAAGACAGUCCUGCCUUUGCAUCUGGUCCAUCAUCAGGCAUUAGCAGUGGCCGGCCUGAGUCCCCUGCUCCAGCGAAGCCAUUCCCCCACCAUGUUCUCUCGGCUGUGUGCUACACCCCCGGCCACGCCCUGCAACCGAGGCUGGCCGCAACAGAGCAUCCCAACGCUGCGCCUCGACGGGGCGGAAUCCUCGGAGAAGCUCAACAGCAGCUUGCCGUCGGUGCACUGCGGCUCCCGGUACCCCGAGGGCGGCGGCAGCCCCAGGAGAGCCCGGCCGGUGUCGCUGACCGUGCCCAGCCCCAGCGCAGGCAGCAGCCGGCAGUUCCACGGCAGCGCCAGCAGCCUGGUGGAAGCGGUCUUGAUUUCGGAAGGACUGAUGCAGUUUGCUCAAGAUCCAAAGUUCAUUGAGGUCACAACCCAGGAGCUCGCAGACGCCUGCGACAUGACGAUAGAAGAGAUGGAAAAUGCAGCAGACAACAUUCUCAAUGGUAACAGCAAGCAGAGCCCCAAUGGCAACCUCUUGCCUUUUGCUAACUGCAGGGACCCAGGGCAGGACAGUGCAGGAGAGGAAGAGGAAGAGGUGCAGAACCCGGAUUGUAGGAUAAGUCAGGAGGAGCUCAAGGACAGCAGGAUUUAUAUCAGCAGCCUGUAGUUGCCAGGGCUGGAAGCGAUGCUGGUUUUUUAUUUGUUUCAAUGUUCCUAAUGGGUUUGUUUCAGAAGUGCCUCACUGUUCUCGUGACCUGGAGUAACCGGAACAGCGUUCUUCAUUCAUUUCUGUUGGGACGAGUCGCAGAGUUGGGUGGUGUAAGAAAGCUUUUCAGGAGCGGAUAUAACCCCAGCACGUGUCCAUGAAGGAAGAGUGAGGAGGAGGAGAAGAAGAGGAGGAGAGCCAGCUCCCUCUUUUUUUCAGUCCCUGCACAAGGAACGACAGCUGCCUCCGGAGCACCAAGGGGAACCUCAGCUUCCUGUGGAUGGCCCUAGCCAAAAGGACCCUGCGCCAAACGGGUGUCUUUCAACCUUGCUUGUAAAAAUCAUUUUGCACAUAUUCUGUAUGAGCCUCACCGUCUCCAUAAAGCCAAGGCCCUUUGAUUGGGAAGGAGAGGAAGACUUCUGCUGUGGAUUCCCACACGGCCACGGGGAGGAGGAAGCAGGAGAAGCCCGAGGCGCGGCCCAGCUCUGCCGAGACUCAGGCAGCGGCCCCUGCCGGCCAAUCACAGCUCGGGCGGUCACUAGCCAACCAAUCCGAGCUCAGGCAGUCUCCUGCCGGCCAAUCAGAGCUUAGCGCGCCAACUGUGCCAGCCAAUGGGAGAGCAGGCAUGGCCGCGGGGCUGAGGGGCCGCCGGGCCUGUGCAGAGUUCUUCUUGUUUUGCAGUUUGGUAUUUUCUUGAAAGCAUGUUGCAGUUUUUAUUUUGACUAUUUUAUUAUUAUUAUUAUUAUUAUUAUUAUUUUGAGGGAGAAGGGAGUGUUUACAGCGUUUUGUAAUCACCUACCUUUUUUGUUUUGGUUUAUUUUCACCUUUGCAGAUGUUAAAUUGGUUUGAUCAUGUUGUAUUAUUUAAACUGGGGUGGGAGGGGGGGUGUUUCUCCAUUGGAAUUUGGUAGAAGUAUAAUGAUAGAUGAGUUUUACCAACCAUUAUGUACACCGAGAAUUUGUCAUUUUAUUUACUGGCAAACCUUUUUUUUUUUUUUUUCCGUUUGUCCGUUUGUUGUUGUUUUAUAAUUUAAAAGAUAGUAGGCGAUGCACUUGAUAUAGUCUUGCACAUUUGAGUGAUUGGUUUGGGUUCUUUUGAGUGUGCGUGUGUGUAGGAGCAGCUCUCCACGCCGGGAGAUCUGUACCUGGGGCCAUUCGAAUGCAAAAACAAACCACUGUCUCUGCUUUCCAAAAGGGAAUCGGUAACUUUGCAUUUUCUGUUCCACAAGAUAUGCAAAAACAAUGCAAUAAUAUUAAUUUUAAAAUAAAAAUUGUAAGUUGUGUCGGCAUUAAAACUGUAUAGAGAAAAAAAAAAAAUUUACGGGGGUGGGGGGGAGAAACAAAAAAAAAAACAAAAACCUGAAGACGUUAACGCUUCGAUAUAUUCCGUGUGAUGUUUUAUUGCAUUGAUAAUGUUUCUGUUGAAGAAACCGUUAUACUUGAAUUCAGGUCAGUUUCAGUAUUUUUCAAAUAUUUUUUUAAAAUGAAUUGCAAUUGUGCCAAGCAAAGAUAAUGAAUUGAAUUAAGUUUGUUUAAAAAAAAAAAGAAAAAAAAAGAAUCACUUCUUGUAUAUUUUGCUGCAUGUCAAGUGAAUCAUUUCGUAUUUGGAAUGUGCCAAGCUUUACCUUUGAACUUUUAAGUGCUUUUUUACGUGUGGUUGGGGAAAGGGUACUAUUUCAUUACUUUUUUUUUUUUUUCCUUUUUUAAUUUGUACGAUGAACAAAGUGUACCUGGUGUAAGUAACUAUUCUGCAAUCCACUGACAGGUUGAACGUUACUGAUUUUGCAUAUCUUGUGUUCAUUUUCCUUCUUCCUCACUCCCUUUUAACGUGCACGAUGACUUUUAUCGGUAGAGAAUCUUUCUUCCCGAGACUGGGAACAUUUUAUUCAGGCUUUGUUUUCUUUCCUUUUGCUCAGUUCCUCUAAAGGUCUCGUCCCACUCAAGGGUGGCAAGACCCCCAAAGCCCAUUUGGCAGAUCCAUCCUUCACGUUCAGCUGGCACCAGCAAUUGAAGCAGCAAGGGGAAGGGAAAAAAAAUCUGGCCUCAAAAUUAUUUUAUUAAAUAGCUGAACCCCCUUCAAUUUUAGCAGGAUCCUGAGAUAAGAAAGGAAAGAAUCAGAAUAGUUGGGAAAGUAAAGUUAUCUAACCCUGGUCUGGGCUGAAAGCAGAGGGAGAGAGCUGUGGAUCUUUUUUUGGGAGAAUUGCUGCAGUCUGGUCAAGAAUGCAGGUGCCAAGUGAGGUUUUGGUGUUCCUGGUGUUCCAAUCCUUUUCCCAGACUUUAGUGGAUGGGUCAGGUACUAAGUCACAAAACACCUGGCAGCACAGCAUGUCCCAGCCACAGUUCCUGAAACUCUCACACACUGAUGGUUGGCCCUAACCUCGAGAGAGGCUGAAAAAACAGGCAGGUAUUGUUAGAUUUUAUGCAACUGGUUUUUGUCUAGAC